GUCCGUUCAAAAUUCCCAAAUCUUUUCAAAAGCUAGGCUUGUGGGGAUAGAACCCUCAAAAACCCUAAAAACGAAGGCUUUGGAGGUUGCUGUAUUCAUUCAUCCAAUAAGCAGAGAUAAAAAGAAUGGAGGAGACUAGUAUAAUGGAAGACGGAGAGCAGAACAGAGAGAUGGAGGUGGCUCCGGCCCUAAUCGCGGUCCACCCGACCCAAGAAUCCGUCGCAGUCGCCGUCGGGUCGGACCUCCGCGUCUUCGAUUUCAAGACUGGCGGUCCAGUUCAUUUGGUCGACGAUACUGCCGACCCUUUUCAUAGAGAUUCCAUUAGAGCAGUCCGUUAUGGUGCGAAAGGCAAGCUUUUAGUGACUGCUGGUGAUGAUAAACUAGUUAAGAUUUGGCACACUGAUGCCUGGAGCUGCAUUUGUACUGUGUUGUCCGAGAAGAGAGUUAGCGCGGUUGCUAUAAGCAAUGAUGGUCUGUUUACCUGUUUUGCUGACAAGUUUGGAGUUGUUUGGGCCGUGGAUUUGGAUGGAUUUCAUGAUAAUCAAUCUUCAGCCAGUAAGAAGGCAGUGCCAAUUCUUGCCCACUAUUGUAGCAUCAUUACUAGCCUGGAAUUCUCGCCAGAUGGACGAUUCAUCAUUAGUGCUGAUCGGGAUUUUAAAAUUCGUGUUACUGUGUUUCCAAAGAAGACUUCAGAUGGAGCUCAUGAGAUACAGAGUUUUUGCCUGGGUCAUUCCGAGUUUGUUUCGUGCAUAGCCUUUGUUGGGGCUUCAGAUUACCCUGAUGGGUUCCUUGUCUCUGGAAGUGGUGAUUCAACAGUUCGAUUGUGGGAUAUAACGUCUGGAUCUCUCCUUGAUACCUGUGAAGUUGGAGCAGAGGCAGGAUCUCUAGGAUUUCCACAGUCUAAUGGAGAAGAAGAUGAAUGCUGUUCUGCCAUUACUGAUCUAUGUGCCAUUCCAAUCUGUUCAUUAGUUGCAGUGGCCAUCCAAGGCCUCUCAGGAGUGGUGCUUUUGAGCUGCAACCUUUCUGAAAAAACUCUUUCGAUUACUCAGGUGAUUUCCAUCAAGGGAGAGACGUUCAUUCCGACAAGCAUAGGAACUAGCUCUUCCUCAGAUCUAUUGUGGAUGGUAACUGGCGUCUCCAACUUGCAAGGUUUCAAUUCCUCUUCUUUGGCCCAUGUAAAGGCCAUAUCUGGUUUCACCAAAUUGAAUCAAGUUUCUGUUGAGAUUGAAUCCACCGUGUUGGAAGACAAAGACAUGCCCGGUGGCAUGCAACUGCUCGAAAAGUUGCAAGGAAGUGUGAAAAUCGAGGAAGAUGUAUUUUUAGCUGCUUCAGAAACUCUGAAGACAGCAAUGCGCAAUUUGCUGAUUAAAAAGCAGUAUUCCGUGGAGAAGCGCGAGUUCAGAAAGAGGGGCAGAAAUGAUAGAAAAAACAAGCGCUAGCAAGAUUUCGACAAUGGUAGCACCCCUUUUUUUUGUUUUUUUGUUUUGGUUUUUUGGGUAAUGUGCAAUUUUGGGAGCAACUCUGUUGGUUUCCUCUUCUUGUUUUUGUCCUUGUAGUUAUUUAUCACCCUAAGGAAAUGGGUUUAGGCAGAUUUUUCGCUCAGGAAAAUCGAUUUUCGGAUGGUAAACCUCUAAAGGCUGUUUGGUCGAGCAUUUGAUUUUUUAACAUCUUGAAGUGCAAGAUGCAGACAGAAUUUGUUCCGGUGUUGUCUUGGCGCAUGGGUAUGCUGUAAUCGCUUUUAUUUUAGUGCGUCUGUUGACUCGGUAAUGUAUAAUACAGUAUAUUGUUGGGGCUUAUUCGUUUGGAGUGCUCAAAAUUCUUGCGCACGGUCUCCAGUAAAUUUUUUUUUUAUC